CACUCGAACACCCAUUCACACCGCCCUCUGAAACUCACUCUCAAACUCACUCACUCAUUCAUAAAGCAAAUCCAUAGUCCAGUGCUGAAGCAAAUUCGUUGCCCACUGUCAAGAAGGUAGUCUCUCAAGCAAUCGUAGCUCAUUGUCGCCGUUCCCAUUCGCACCGCCCUCUCAAACUCACUCACUCACUCACUCAUUCAUAAAGCAAAUCCGUAGCCCAAUGCUGAAGCAAAUUUGUUGCCCACUGUCAGGAAGGUAGUCUCUCAAGCAAUCGUAGCUCGUUGUCGCCGUUCGUAGCCCACUGUGCCGAAGUAUGGAGCCUCGAAUCGAUGAGGAGCUAGAGAUCUUGCACCCUGGUCUGCUUGAGACGUCAUUGUUGACGCGACAACCAUAUCAUCGAUCAGAGGCCAUUUGGAAUGGCGAGGACCCGGGCCCACUUACAUGCCGUGGUCACACUAAGGAGAUGGCAAACGUUCAGAUGCAAGAUAAUCGGGUGAUUAACAUUAUCAAAUUGCUAAGGCUGGAAAGAUUGUUUAGAGCCCCUUCCAGAGAGAUAGAUCAUUGUCUAAUAUCGGCCCUAGUUGAGCGAUGGCGGCCGAAGACUCCUACGUUCCAUCUUCCACAUGGUGAGAUGUCAAUCACCCUACAAGAUGUGGAGGUCAUUUUCGGACUUCCUAUAGACGGUGAGGUCUUGGUUGGGCCGACUGCUAUGGUGGAUAGGGAUUGGAGUCAACUGUGUAUGGAGUUGCUUGGUUUUACUCCGGCAAAUGACAAUAAAACUUUGGUGGGGUAAAGAAUUCUCAUCAGCUGCCUUGUUGACGCCAUUGCAGUGCCACUGCCUCAUGACACAACGGAGAUUCAGAUACACCAGUAUGCUCGGUGCUAUAUUUUAGCGCUACUAGGGGAUAAACUUUUCAUGGACAAGUUAGGAGAUAGGGUGCAUCUGAUGUUCUUGGAGUUCAUGCGAAACCUUCGUGAUCCAUCACAGUAUAGUCGGGGUAGUGGUUGCUUGGCUUGGUUGUAUAGAGAGUUGUGUCGGGCAAGCGAGAAAGGGGCAUCGCAGAUUGGUGGGGCAUGCACCUUGGUCCAGUAUUGGGCAUGGGCAAGGUUGCCAUUCUUGUGCCUGAGGAUAGAGCCCCCACCUAGAUGUGAUUAUGGCCCAUGGCCAUAUGCUCCACUUGCAUUUAAGUGGGUGCGGGUGCCAAGCCCGAAGAGUAGGCCAUCCGGCACGGCCUUGAUCCACUAUCGCAAGCAAUUAGUUACAAUGCAGCCGGACCAGAUUGUGUGGCAGCCAUACGAGGCAGACUUCGGCCACCUUCCUGAGUUCUGCGUUACAGGGAGGGAUACGUGGACAGCAAGGGUGCCGCUUGUGUGUUUUUGCAUAGUAGAGAGACACCACCCGGACCGUGUCCUUCAACAGUUUGGGUUGGCGCAGGAGCCGCCUGAGGAUGUUGUGUGCGAUGAUAGACUGCAUAGAAUAGACUUACGUGGGAAAGUGGAAAAGAAUUGGAGGGAGGAGCAUGGAUGGUAUAUCAUUUCAUGGGAUAUGAGACGACAACAAGUUUGUCAUGCACUUCCUCAGAUUGGUGAGAUGCCCCGCGAUCAUGCCUAUUACCGCUAGUACCGUCCGGUCACUCGAAAGUAUGUUGACCGCAACAGCGCUAAAUUAGAUAUAAUGAUUCAAAGCCAUUUAGCACUGUUAGAGAUGCUUCUUGAAGGUAGCCAAGCUCACAACCAUGUCCGGCGCGUCCUAAAUAAUGUGGUUGGGCUUGGUGGUGGUCCUGCAGCCGAUGGCCAGGCAAACAAUGGGCAUGACACUGAAUCAGCAGCUACUGUAACCCUAAGCACAAGCGCAGCACCCGUAAGUACACCGACCCGUGGUCUGCGUGCUACUGCAAGUCCAAGUACAAGCGCCGGUAGGGGCCGUGGUCGGCCUGCUACAGCAAGCCCAAGCACAAGUGCACCUAGGGGCCGUAGUCGACCUGGUACAGCAAGCCCAAGCACAAGUGCACCUAAGGGCCGUGGUCGGCCUGCUACGGCAAGCCCAAGCAGAAGUGCAGCUACGGGCCGUGAUCCGCGUGCAACAACCCCUCGGGUUGUAACUACUCCUUUAGCUGCACCCAUCUCGCAUGCAUCUCCUCAGCCCGAGGUCCUUUCACCCACCCCACCUUCGCAGCCCAAUUUUGAUCUCGGUAUUAAUUUUCAUUUGACCCCUCUUAUACACCCCGAGACACCGUCAUACCCACCCACCUGCUCCAGUGCACCCACUAUGCCCAUAGACCCACCUACCUCAUCCUCAUCUGACCCUCUAGGACCUCUGGUUGGGAUUGACACUGUACAGCCAGCUGCCGAUGUACCGAACGAGCAUCCCCCUCCUCAACCCUCACCCCCACAAGGUAGACCGCAAUGUGCUAGAAGAGCACCCACUUGUGGGACAGGUGGACACAAAAUAGGAGGUGUAGGCAGCUCUAUGCCUAAGGAUGAUGCCCCGCAGCCUCCUCCCCCGUCCAAACAUUACACGAGGGUUAAAAAACGCAAAAUUGGUGAACCUUGAAAAAGAGGGUGAUUAUGUAGGGUCCUUUAGGAAAAUGUCGAGCACCGCGGGGAUUGGCAUGGCAAAGAAUGAGGAGGGGUUAAAGCUGGUGCUAGUAAAUGGAGGUUCCCGUGCCCGCAAAAUGGUGGGGAUUUGGCUUUUUGGGUCUGCUGCAUGGGUGUUCAGUAUGGUGCUACUUGGUGGUGUUACCAGACUCACGCGCUCUGGCCUGUCCAUGACAGAUUGGAAAUUCACUGGUUCCCUUCCUCCCCUAUUUGAAGAGGAAUGGUUGCGCGAGUUUGACAAAUAUAAGCAAUCCCCUGAGUAUAAGCGAUGGAUCUACUUUUGGUUACUUAUGGCUGCUGGGUGUGGACUUUCAUUAGUGAGGAGGCUUUAAAUAUUUGGGUUGGCAUAACUUUAGCACGGUUGCUGACUUUGGAUGGGACAUGGCACUCUUUUGCUGAAUCUUUCUCGAGAAAUGCUCCGUACAUAAUAUCCAGCAUUCUGGAAGUUUGCAUCAGUGAUCUGAUACCAUUUUUUCUGGGGAAGCUUUUCAGGCAAUCAGGGGCAUCUGAUGAUGUUUGUUCGAGGUUAGGGAUUGGCAAAGAGGAGGCCUUAAACAUUACUCACAUGGUGCAAAAAUAUCACAAUCUCUCUGGCUUUGUAGAACGAUUUUCCCUAGGAGUGAGAAAUCCAACAGCUUUCCUAGCAGGGGCCAUGGAUUGCCUUCUCUGUCCAACAGGGUUUGCAGCCAAUAUGGCAUUGAUGGUAACAAUAGGAAGUAUUGCCUCUCUUCUGGCCGUGGGCAGAAAACCUUCAGAGGAAGAAAGGAUUGCCAUAUUUUCUGAUACACAAAAUCAUGCAUCAAUAAUAGAUGGUAUUUAUCUUGCUGAGCGGCAACAAAGUGUGGAAGUGUUCGUCUAUCGACAUUGUGACAUGUCUCACCUUAAUGCACUAUUAUUGAAAUGCAAAUUGAAGAGGAAAGUCAUUGUAACUGACAGGUUAGUCAUGUUAUAUUUGUUUAGUAUGGAUGGAGACUUUGCGCCAAUGGUUGAAAUUGCAAAGCUUUGUAAAAAGCAUAAGUUUUUGUUCAUUGUUGAUGAUGCUCAUGGAACAUUAGUUUGUGGUAAAAAUGGGGGCGGAGUAGCUGAGGAGUUCAAUUGUGAAAGAGAUGUCGACAUAUGCAUUGGCAGUUUAAGUAAGGCCACAGGCUGCAUUGGUGGAUUCAUAGCAUGCAGCAUUUCGUGCUUGAGGAGAACAUGCCGGAAGUUGAUUGCCCAUGUGUCACACCUGAGGUUGUACUGAAGGCAUCUGGGCAUGUUGAUAAAUUCACUGACCUUAUGGUCAAGGAUGAGAAAACGGGCACCUGCUACCGUGCUGACCACUUGCUCAAGGACUUUUGCAAUGAGAAGCUUCAGAAAGACCUUAGCAUAACUGCAGGGAAGGCAGCAGAACUAAAACAUGUAUUUGCAGUCUUGGAUGAUCUCUCAUCUGAAGAGCUGGGUGCAAAGAUCAAGGAGUAUGGCAUUACAGCUCCAGACACAAAGAAUCCACUGUCUGAUCCGUAUCCGUUCAACUUAAUGUUUCAAACAUCAAUAGGCCCAUCUGGCUUGAGUCCUGGAAUUAUGAGUACCUACCCUUGGAAGCAGAGUUAUUAAUUAUUUCAUUUUCUGCAG